GAGUUGCUUCCUCAUUUCACUACUACUAUUUUAGGGUUUACUGGUAGAAAAAAAAAGCAUAUUUAUUAUCUCAAUAAUAUACUAAUCAAAAGCUAAUAGUUCCCCCUAUAUAUGGUUUAACAGUGACCCAAGACUAAGUCAUCCACUGGAGAGGAGAAGCUUUACACUCCUUUACAAGCUAUAAAUAUAACCUCUAGGGUUAGGGCUUGUAAUAAGAACCCAAAAGAGAGCUCUCUCCCACUCAGCCUUUCCCUGUCCUCGCACUCUCUUCUUCUCUUUGUGCUAGAUUUUGUUCUAGCUCAGCGAACAAAAUUCCGCAAUUAUUGUGCAUACCCUUUUGAGGAUUCGAAGAAAGAAUAAGAGGGUAGAGAAGAAUAGGGACUUCCAAAAUGAGGAAGCGGCAAGUGGUGGUGAGAAGAGAAGAACCUUCAUCAAGACGGUCCUCUUCUUCAUCGAUCACCAUUAGGAGUGUUAGAUAUGGAGAGUGCCAAAAGAAUCAUGCUGCUAAUGUUGGAGGUUAUGCUGUUGAUGGUUGCAGAGAGUUCAUGGCUAGUGGUGAGGAAGGCACAGAUGCUGCACUCACUUGUGCUGCUUGUGGCUGCCACAGGAACUUCCACAGAAGAGAAGUGGAGACUGAGGUAGUCUGCGAUUGUUCUUCGCCUUCUUCAAAUGGAUUUGAGGGUUAAUCUCUCUCUCGCUUUCUCUCUAUACACAUAAGUAUGGAGGUUCUUGUGUAGUGUAUAAUUGACUUCUAAAUUUCUUUGUCGGGUUUGAGAUUUUACUUUGGUUUUGCUGUCAUGUUCUUCAUCGUAGUAGUGUCUAGGGUUGAUGGGCUUCAUUAGACCUCCUUUAUCGUACUUUUGUGUGAAGCAGAUCGAAGAAAGAAAAGGGGGAAAUAAAUUCGAAGUUGUGGUGUGUUAUUCAUGAUCAACAAAGAACGCCAUAGGAAAUUGGUGGUAUGAAGAUGAACACUAGCUCUUCUGUAUUAGGCUUCAUAAAUUUAAGGUUUGUAAUUCGGGAGCUAUCAUAGUUUCGAAUCAUGAUUUUCACCAAGUAGUUUGCUGGAUUGGGAAUUUGAUAAUUACGAAGAAUAAUGAUUUUCUCUUA